UAGUGUUCCUAAGCAAAACCCGGUGAUUCACACACACGAAGCUGAACCCACUUCUCUUUUUUCCUUUUCAAUUUCUAUUAACAACGAAACCCAUUUACCAACUUCUUUUCUCUUCCUCCUUCUCCUCCUCCUCCUUCUUCUUCUUCUCCUUCUCCUUCCUCUAGCUUCGAACCCUACCUAAACCUAUCAUCUCUGGUCAAUUCCUUUUCCUUCUUUGUUUUUUUUUCUUUCAAUUUCUUUCGAACAAAAGAAAAAAAACAAAGGAGAAAAGGAGUUAGCUAUAGAGAUGAGGUUUUUCUUAGAGUUUGUUUCUUGUUGUGGCUCGCUCACGCAGCGCGAGUCGAAGAGGGCUCUUCCGCCGGAGGAGGAGGAGAGGUGGCUCGUUCAGGUGCCGACCGCCGCCGCUGAUUCCUCCCGCCGUGUCUUCCGCAAGAAGCGGGGGAGGAUUGGCGCGACCGAUUGGAAGCCGUCGCUGGGAUCGAUCUCAGAGGACAACGCAGUGUUGCCGAGAAACAGUGCGGUGGCCUCCGCUGGAAAGGACGUGAAGAAGAGGAGCGCCACUGCCGCCGGUUCUGGCGGUGCUGCGAAGGUUCGUCACCGGAGUUACAGCGACGGUUAUUACGGGUCAGCUGCCAUGCCAACGAUUAUGCCAACAUUCUCUCCCACGCCGUUCAUGUUCUGAAGAUUAUAGUUGAAUUUGUUAAAGCGAAUGUAUAUAUACGGGCUAUUUGGAUUGAAGUUGGGAGAAAGAAAGAGAAAAAUUUGUAAAGGUUUCUUCGCUUAUAGCUGUUGUGAAUGGAAGUAGCCUUAUAUCACAACCUUGUUUAUAAAUGAACAGUUUUUUUUUUUUUUUAAUAUUUGGUACAAUACAAAUUAACAGAUUAAUAUUUCCUGAUCUUGGUUUUUGUUUCCACGAUGACAAAAUUUUGAUAUACCUUAUGUAAUAUUGUUUAACAUAAAAUGUUUCCUUGUUUCA